UCACCGUGCGCGCUCCCGUCGCUGCCGCCCUCGGUGUGCACGCGCCCGCCGGUGCAGCGGAGGAGGCCGUGCCGCGAUGGACAGCACGGGCAAGGAGCGGGAGGCCGUGCAGCUGAUGGCAGAGGCCGAGAAGCGGGUCAAGGGCUCACACUCCUUCCUGCGGGGGCUCUUCGGGGGCAACACCAGGGUGGAGGAAGCCUGUGAGAUGUACACUAGGGCUGCCAACAUGUUCAAGAUUGCCAAAAACUGGAGUGCCGCAGGAAAUGCGUUCUGUCAGGCGGCCAAGCUGCACAUGCAGCUGCAGAGCAAACAUGACUCGGCCACCAGCUUUGUGGAUGCUGGGAAUGCCUACAAAAAAGCAGACCCGCAAGAGGCCAUCAACUGCUUAAAUGCAGCUAUCGAUAUCUACACUGACAUGGGGCGAUUCACCAUCGCUGCCAAGCACCACAUCACCAUUGCAGAGAUCUACGAGGCUGAGCUGGUGGACAUUGAGAAGGCAAUUGCGCACUAUGAGCAGGCUGCAGACUAUUACAAAGGAGAGGAAUCCAACAGUUCAGCCAACAAGUGUCUGCUGAAGGUGGCUGCCUAUGCCGCGCAGCUGGAGCAGUACCAGAAGGCGAUAGAAAUCUAUGAGCAGGUCGGAACAAAUACAAUGGAUAAUCCUUUGCUCAAGUACAGCGCCAAAGAGUAUUUCUUCAAAGCUGCUCUGUGCCACUUCAUUGUGGAUGAGCUGAACGCGAAGCUUGCACUUGAGAAGUAUGAAGAAAUGUUCCCAGCUUUCACAGACUCCCGGGAGUGCAAGUUAUUGAAAAAACUGCUGGAAGCCCAUGAGGAGCAGAACAGUGAGGCAUACACUGAAGCAGUUAAGGAAUUUGACUCGAUAUCGCGGCUGGACCAGUGGCUCACAACCAUGUUGCUUCGCAUCAAGAAGUCAAUCCAGGGUGAAGGGGAUGGGGACCUGAAGUGAGGCGUGGGUGGUGUUCAUGGCAUGCAGCCCAAGUAACCCGUUCUGUGUCACAGCCAAGGACCACUGUGGGAUACCCCAUCCAAUAGCUCGCUUUAGUUUGUUGCUUCCACACCCGGUGACUUGUGUGUUUCUUUAGUGCCCUGCUCUUUGUCGUGACAAUGUGGGUAGCUGAGCCGCAAUGCUCUGGGUAGCACUGGCAGGUCUUUCUGAGGCGAAAGCAGCACAUCUGGCAGAAACCUUGGUUUCCUUUGCUGAUGAACCCGAAGUCUACACUUGCAGCUGCUGCUUUCCUGCCACCCUCCCAGUCAGAUUGGUUUCAGCUGUGGUGAGUAGCCCUCAGCACUGCUGUUGUCUAUUUGAUCUAAAUAUAAACCACAAGGCUCUUCCCUCUUUCCUCACAUCUAUUUUUCCACUUUAUUUUCUGGUGCAUCCUACUGCCCCUGACCCAAGUAACAACCUAUUUUUCUAAUGUGUCAUUGCCACAAGCUCCUGCUGGUGUCACUACGAUGGGUUUUUGUCUGCACCAGGCAAUAUCCCUGCAGUUUCCGACCUCUCUGUGAAGCCACCUCAUUCCUGUGAUGUGCAAAGGGGUUGACUGAGACUUGUUGUAGCUGUCUGGGUGACAGGUGAAGCGAGCUUUCUUUGAGACAGGGUAGAAACAUUUAACAAUCCCUGCAGUAAUUUUAGGAAUGCAUUCUAAAAUGCCUAAACCCAAGGGUUUUCCACACAGGGCUUUGUUUAACUAGAAGCAAUUAAGCUACCGAUUAUUCCAUGUGCAUAUAUUAAGGAGGACUUGAGCGCCCAUGCGAAUUGUCACUCAAUAAUUGGAUUGGUUGAUGGGUUGGACGUGAUGAUCUUGAAGGUCUCUUCCAACCUGGUUUAUUCUAUGUAUUCUAUGUAAUAUUUCUCUGCAUCGAAGAUGUUUUCAGCAGUGCAAUGGCCCUGCAAAGAAUGAAUGAAUCGUUAGUUGCUUUAUGUGUCAGAGCUGAUGUUUGGGUCCUCUUCCAUACUGUAGCUUUGGUGGGCUCUGCCUGGAGCUUAUCUUGAUGAAAUGAUAAGCCUCUGGUGACCAAAAUGCUGCUUUUUUUGCACUUCUUUUUGGUUGGUUUCUCAUUUAAAGUUAUUUAUUUAAAUUAUUUAUUUACAGAAACAUGCAGUGAUAGGACGAGGAGUAACGUAAUGGCUUCAGACUGGAGGCAGCUAGAUUUAGAUUAGAUAUUAGGAGGAAAUUCUUCACUGUGAGGGUGGUGACGCACUGGUACAGGUUGCACAGAGAAGUUGUGUAGGCUCCAGCCCUGACAGUAUUCAAAGCCAGGUCGGAUGUGGCCCUGAGCAGCCUGGUCCAGUAGGUGUCCCUGCCCACGG